GCCCCAAUAUUUAAUGUGUUAAAUUCUUUUGGGCAAUAUCUGAUGUCAAACCCCAAUGAAGUUGAUAUUUGGCUGCAACAAUUACAAAUCAUUGAAAUACUACCCAAAGAGGAAAAAAUGGAACACCAAAUGGUAUCUGUGCUUCUCAAGAUCUGCUUAAAUACAGACAGGGAAAAUCAACUUCAGUGCUUUUUCGUGUUUUAGAGAUAAGUUUCUGUCUCCCAGGUUUAUUUAUUUUGAUAUUCUCUAAACAGAGGAAUGUGUUAAAAGGCAGGAUGAAAUGAAAUCCUGAAGCAGUGGUGGGAAGGACAGCUGCUAUAAUAUGAUGCAGUGUGUUGCUGCUGGGCAUCAGAUUGUUGCUCUAGCCAACUUAAGACCUGCUGAAAGCACAGGGCAGACAGAUGAAUUGGACAGCUACAUGUAUCAGACAGUAGGACACCAUGCCAUUGAUCUGUAUGCUGAUGCAAUGGAUUUGCCACUCUAUCGUUGUUUCAUAAAGGGUACCAGCAUAAAUACUGGAAAAGUGUAUACGACAUGUCAGGAAGAUGAGGUCGAAGAUCUUUACCACCUCUUGAAACUUGUUAAGGACAGAGAAGCAGUGGAGGGUGUGUCUGUGGGAGCUAUUCUUUCUGACUACCAGAGAGUUCGAGUUGAAGAUGUAUGCAGAAGACUUAAUCUUCAACCUUUAGCUUACCUUUGGCGUCGGAAGGAAGAAAUAUUGCUUAAAGAAAUGAUAUCAUCUAACAUUGAAGCUAUAAUCAUAAAAGUGGCAGCUUUUGGUUUAGAUCCAGAUAAGCAUCUUGGAAAAACACUGGAUCAAAUGGAGCCUUAUCUUUUGGAGACUUCUCACAGAAGUGAACUGUCUUUGCCAAAGGGAGAGAACAAGGUUUCUGAGAAAUACGGUGUACACAUUUGCGGAGAAGGUGGAGAAUAUGAAACAUUCACUCUGGAUUGCCCUCUCUUUAAGAAGAAAAUAGUUGUAGAUUCUGCAAAAGUGGUUAUGCAUUCAGCUGAUGCAUUUGCACCAGUGGCCUACCUUCAUUUUCUGAAAAUGCACCUGGAGAAUAAGGAGAAGUCUUCAGAUACAUUUAUGGUCAGUAGCUGCUCUUGUGAAGAAAGCUGCAGCAAUGGUGAUAUUUUACCUUCUUCAGAACUGGAUGAACCUCAGGAUUUUGGUCCAGUUAUCUGGAAGGAUUUGAAACAUACUUCUUUGGAUUUCAGUAAGACAGUUGGAAUUUCAGGGAAAUCUGUGACUGGUUACCAGUGGUUUUCAUGCAUCACUGCACACUUUCAUCCAUCAAAAGACAAAAAUGCUCAAGAGGCAGCAAGGGAAGCAUUUUCGUCUCUAAAAGCAACUAUAACUUCAGAAGGAUUGAAACUGAAGGAUAUUAUUUUGGUUCAUCUGUAUAUGAAGAGCAUGAAAGACUUCAAUGUUAUAAAUUCAGUUUAUGUGACAGAAUUUGAUUUGUGUCCACCGGCAAGAGUGUGUGUGGAAACCCUGUUACCUGAUGACGUACUGUUUUGCAUUGAUUGCCUUGCACAUAGCUGUGACAUUGCAACAGAUGACGUAUUAAGUGAAGAAAAGCUGGUCAUGCAUGUGCAGAGUAUUUCCCACUGGGCACCUGCUAGCAUAGGACCUUACAGUCAAUCCAUCAAGGUUGGAGAUAUUCUCUACUGUGCUGGACAGAUCGGCCUAGUACCGUGUACUAUGCAGCUUGUUAGCGGUGGUGUGUGGUCUGAGGCCACGGUUGCUCUCAGCCAUGUUGAGAAAGUCCUCCAGGCUAUGAGCCAGAAGACAAUGCUAUGCCAUGUGAUCACAGCGAUCUGCUAUGUAACGGACAGCAAACACAUUCCUGUUGCUCAUUCUAUCUGGAGGAAGAAAGUAAGAGGUUGUAAAAAGGUUGAAGAUCUAGAAGCAUAUAAUGAAGUAGCUGCAGAGUGUGGGACGCUUGCUGUGGUUGUUGUAACUAACUUACCCAGAGAUGCUGCCAUUGAAUGGCAUGUUACUGCAGUAAUUGAUGACCCGCUGCACAGAAAACAUUUUGCAAAGAAGAUGUUAUCAGAGUCCUACCAAAUUGAUUGUGAAUCUGUGAAGUCCAGCUCUGCAUCUUGUGCAUCAGUCUCUGUACGUCUGAGCUUGAUUUUACCUCCUGCUUCUCAGCUUGAUUUAAAUAGACCUCUUCAUGACUUAGUUUCUGUGUUUGGACAAGCUGUUGAGAACCUUUCAGAAGAUUUCAAUGCAAGUCCUUUGUCAUUUAGAGCUUUCUUCAAGAAGGAUGUCUUUGAUAUUGGAGUGUUACAAUCAGGGCUACAAGAAAACCUUGAAAAGUGUUUGGGCAAGAAGACCCCAGCUCUGAUUUUAGUACCUGUGGUGGAUUUACCUGGGAAAGAAGUUAUUCAUACAAUAUGCUGGCUAAGCUAGCAGCUUAAAAGAGAUGAGCUGAUAUCAAAACACACAUUCAUCCAGGAAAGAACAAAGAAUUGAUCGUGACUGUGUUGGAUACUUUCAUUAAGCAACACUGUUUGAUUUAAGCGAAGUCAUAUUUAGCUUGUUAAUGAUGCCUCAUGAUAUGUGACAGUCAGCUUUGUAUGAACAAUAAAGGGGUUUUUUUUCAAAAUAUUGUGCUUUUUUUUCUGACUUAUUUUUAGAUACAUUCUGGCAAUAACAGGUGGAUCUUGGGAAAUGACAGUUGCUCUGAUCACAUCAGUUCUUUAGUUUGAUAUAUUUAGGCCUGGUUACAAUGAACUGAUUAUAACUUCAGAAUUUUAGAUCCAAUAUUGUUUUAAAGACUUUGUUCCCUUUCAAUUUUAUGUUGAAUUUGCUGACUUCAAGUGAACUCAAAAUAAGUUAUUUGUGGCCAGAUAUUAACCCUUUUCUGGACUGGGGAGAUAUUACUCACAGGGAUAUACAAGACAAAUGUUUUACCGAAAUGUGUGAUGGAGGUGAUAGUUAGACUGUAGGAUUUGUCAUCCCUCCGUCUGAGGUGAUAGUGAGUGCCUCAGUGCUGUACAUCUGGAAGACAGCUCUUUAACAAAGAGCUACCAUCAUUCCCCAGGGCUUCACUCUUCCCUGGAAAAUCAACAGGAGUUUUAUAUCUGCUUUCAUUAAAACAGGCUCGGACUCAUAGGUGAAGCUCCUACUGAUUUCCUUGCAUUAAUACUUUACUUAUGACGUAGGGUUGGUGUAGGAGAGAAAGCCUUCUGGAUAUGACUUGAGGCAGUACAACUAUAGAGAAAUCUUAUUUUAAGGCCAAAGCUAUACAAUUAAGCCAUCAAGAUAGAAAUUUUUGCCAGUGUUCUACAUCUAUUUUCAUUCUUUUCUCAUGUGUGAGUACAGGAGUUACAUGACCAGUACGACAUUUACCCUUCUUCUGUGCCAGCAUGUAUCUGAGAUAACUCCAGCAAAGUCAGAUGAAUGGCACAAUGUUUAUACUGGGUAGCACUGCACCCCACGCUUUCUUCCCCAUUACCAGAUAGGUACUUGGCAGCUGAUACAAAACCAGUUUUUAAAGAUAAAAGAAUUUUACACUGUCAGAUGCUUUGCAUGUCCAGCAUAUUAUGCUGAUUAUUAUCUGAAAAUAGACUGUUAAAUGCCAUUUUCCUUUACUAUUACAUCAAGAAAUAUAGUAGAACUGCCAUCCUCUUCUGUAAAAAUUAUUUUUGUCAAACUUACUUACUUAUUCAAAUAUUUUUAGAAGAAAGAAGGCAGAAAGCUUUUUAUACACCAGCAUAUGAAUACAUGGAUGCAUUAAAUCAAAUUUCAUAACAGGAAAGGUUAGAAUCUGUUAACAAUGUAUUGGUUUACUAGCAUUCAGCAUCAUUUUUAGGCUACACUAAAACACAUUUGAUCUUUGCUUUUCACCACAGUCAAAAAAGAUUUUGCUAAUACCUGGAUGUGCCUGUUUUAUUUGAAUUCUAUUCUUUUAGAAGGCUAAAUCAUUUUCUUACUUCUCCCUGGAAACAUCAGUAUUCUAUUUCUUUCACUGCAUUAUGUCCACAGCCCAGAGUCACAGAAACUCACUUUUCCUGCAA